AUGUCCGGGCAGGCGAGACGCGACCUGUUUGAAGACUCUCUGAGCGAAUGGAGCUCAGAGUCGAGAGCAUGGUUUAUUCAACAGAUGGAGGAGGCCAAGAAGCAGAAUGUCGAGACAUACAUCGGCACCGAAGGCACCGAGGGGACCUUCUCCAUGACUCUCCUAGGGAUUUCCUCGAUGUUUGUUCGACAAGAAGAAAAGUUGAAAUCGAAGCUUAUGGAGCUGGAUCUCAUGGUAGACUCAGUCGAUGGAGUCGACAAGGCCAUCAUGUGGAAAGCACCUUACAGACCUGAGAUAGCACGAGCAGACGACAUCUCAGUCACCGUCUCCUUCCUUCGGAAUGAAGCAGCCAUGGAGCUAUGGGAAGGCAGGAGAGAAUACUGCAUAGACGGCAGAUCGUUCAGAGCCACAGAGCGAGGACCUUGGGGCAAGGGAGGGAGCCUUGCCGAGCUAUCACAGCUCUUAGCCCUUGGAGGAAUGUCGACGGCCGAGAUCGCUCAGAUCUAUCGAUUUCAGCUGCUCUCGCAAUCUCUUGCAGCCGCAGAGGUACAACCGCUUGCGGGCAUGCUCGUGCAGGGUCCUGGGCAGAGAGGUCGCAAGGGGCCGAGCCCGAAGACGUAUGUUGCUGUUGCCGGGGCAAGUACGGGAACUCUCCAGCAAAAAGAGCUGGAGUGGGUGCUGAGCUCGCCUGCGACGGCAAGUUGCGAGCAGACCUUGGCCUCGUUCAGAGAGAGCGAGGCGAUGGAGGGGGUGCACCUGACUCUCAUCAGCGACGACGCCAAGCUCAGAGAGACGUUUGCAGUCGAGCUCACAGCCGACACCAUCGUUCCUAGGGGAAAGAUCGCUAAGCAAAGGAGGGCACUUCGCGAGAGAGAUCAUGCGGGGCGCAGCAGCUUCAGAGUACAGAUCAAGUCGAGGUCAAGCAUGAGCACAGGCCGCUUCUCGAGGAAGGAGAUGGAAGCGCUGUGCGGAGGAGGUAACACAUCGAUCACGAGAGUCAAGCGAGCCAUGUUGGAGUUAGCAAGAAGGAUAGGCGUGACGCCGCCGGUCAGCGUCGAGGUCGAGGAGGAUCGUGACACGCUCAGCUGGGAUGGGAGCCUGAUAGCUCUCUCCCUGGCGACCAAGGCAGAGCGGCUCGACGCUUGA